UACGUUUGGUCGUCGUACACAUUGGUGGAUUGAAAUUCAAAACUAUCUUAUUGUUGGGAUUUUGUUGAGAUGUACUCUCAGAGUCGACGGAGGAAAAUUUCAGGAAGACAGUCUGAAGAAUCUUCAGAUGACGAGAACUAUGUCCCUUACAUACCUGUCAAACAGCGUAAAAAGGCACAGUUUCAGAAUGUUGAGAUGCGACUUGGCCGCGCUGCUGCCCUGAUCAAGGAGGAGGAGGAAGCAAUAAAACAGAGUACUUCUGAAGGAUCAGAGAUCUCGGAACGUGAAGAUGAAGACAAUAGUGGUGAAGAGGAGGAAACACAAGGAGCAGGAGAGAGGUCACAUAUCAGUCUACUGGAUCAGCAUAGUGAACUGAAGAAAAAAGCUGAAGCUAAGAAAGAAACAGCCCGAGAAAAAUUGCUCAAAGAGGAAGAAAGAAUAUUAGAAAGUGUUGCUGAGAAAACUGCUUUGAUGGGUGUGGCCGAGUUAGCAAAGGGUAUUCAGUAUCAGGAAGCCAUCAAGACUGGGUGGCUGCCACCCCGUUGUAUCAGGGAGUUGAGUGAGACACGACAUGAACGUCUGCGUAAAAAGAUGCACAUUCUGGUGGAGGGAGAAGACCUACCCCCACCUAUAGCUAACUUCAAGGAGAUGAAGUUCCCAAAGGCCAUAAUCUCUGGGCUUAAGAAAAAGGGAAUCACCAAACCUACACCCAUACAAAUCCAAGGAAUACCUACUGUAUUGUUGGGACGAGAUAUGAUUGGUAUCGCUUUCACAGGAUCUGGCAAGACUCUCGUCUUUACUCUACCCAUCAUUAUGUUUUGUCUGGAACAGGAAAAACGCCUACCCUUCAUCAAAGGAGAGGGACCCUAUGGUCUCAUCAUAUGUCCAUCAAGAGAGUUGGCACGACAAACCCAUGAGAUAAUUCAGUACUACAGUCAGUGCUUAGCUGAUGAUGGGUUCCCUCUGUUACACUGUGGUCUUUGUAUUGGGGGCGUGUCUGUCAAGGAGCAACUUGAGGUCAUCAAGGCAGGGAUACACAUUCUUGUUGCCACAACUGGUCGACUAAUGGACAUGCUCAAUAAGAAAAUGGUCACCCUUGAUGUGUGUCGGUACCUGGCGAUGGAUGAAGCUGACCGUAUGAUAGAUAUGGGGUUUGAGGAGGAUGUUCGGACCAUCUUCUCAUAUUUCAAGAGUCAGAGACAAACUUUACUGUUUUCUGCCACCAUGCCUAAGAAGAUCCAGAACUUUGCACGAAGUGCUCUUGUGAAACCUGUAACAGUAAAUGUGGGACGGGCAGGUGCAGCUAGUUUGGACGUCAUCCAAGAGGUGGAAUAUGUUAAACAGGAGGCCAAGAUGAUGUACCUACUGGAAUGUUUGCAGAAAACAGCCCCUCCUGUGCUGAUAUUUGCUGAGAAGAAACAAGAUGUAGAUUCCAUACAUGAAUAUCUCUUAUUGAAAGGGGUAGAGGCUGUUGCAGUUCAUGGUGGGAAAGAUCAAGAAGAAAGGACACGCUCUGUCGACCAAUUCAAACAUUUUAAAAAGGAUGUAUUAGUGGCUACAGAUGUGGCAUCGAAAGGUCUGGACUUCCCGGACAUUCAACAUGUCAUCAACUAUGACAUGCCGGAGGACAUAGAGAACUAUGUACACAGAAUAGGACGUACUGGACGCUGUGGUAAAACUGGCAUCGCAACCACCUUCAUCAACAAGACAGUGGAAGAGAGCAUUCUUUUGGAUUUGAAACAUCUCUUGAUUGAGGCAAAACAAAACUGUCCUCCAUUUUUGGCUGGCAUGACUUCAGAAAGUGAGAAAUACUUGGACAUUGGAGGAGAAGUUGGAUGUUCUUAUUGUGGUGGUCUUGGGCACCGUAUCUCAGAUUGCCCCAAACUAGAGGCUCUCCAGACCAAACAGGCACAGAACAUUGGUCGCAGAGACUAUCUUGCAAACAACAGUGCAGACUGGUAACAGAGGUGUAGACUGGCAGAUUUCUCAAUCUGCCUCAAAAGCAACAGUUUGGACUGGUAGAUAUCCUGAUCUACCUCCAAAACAACAGUUGGCAGAUAGAUAUCCCAGGUCUGAUCUGUAAGAAACAGUGUGGACAAGCAGAUAUCUCAGGUCAGAUCUAUAAGCAUCAGUGUGGAUAGAUAUCUCAGGUCUGCUCUGUAAACAGCACUGUAGAAUGGUUGAUAUCCCAGGUCUGGUCUAUAAAUAACCAUGUGGAUUAGUAGAUAUCCCAGGUCUGAUGUUUAAAUAACAGUGUGGAUUAGUAGAUAUCUCAGGUCUUAUCUGUAAGAAACAGUAUGGACAAGUAAAUAUUCCAGGUCUGAUCUAUAAAUAACAGUGUGGAAAGAUAUCCCAGGUCUGAUCUAUAAAUAACAGUGUGGAUUAGUAGAUAUCUCAGGUCUUGUCUGUAAGAAACAGUAUGGACAAGUAAAUAUUCCAGGUUUGAUCUAUAAAUAACAGUGUGGAAAGAUAUCCCAGGUCUGCUCUAUAAAUAACAGUGUGGAAAGAUAUCCCAGGUCUGAUCUAUAAAUAACAGUGUGGAUUAGUAGAUAUCCCAGGUCUGAUCUAUAAAUAACAGUGUGGAUUAGUAGAUAUCCAAGUCUGGUCUAUAAAUAACCAUGUGGAUUAGUAGAUAUCCCAGGUCUGAUCUAUAAAUAACAGUGUGGAAAGAUAUCCCAGGUCUGAUCUAUAAAUAACAGUGUGGAUUAGUAGAUAUCCCAGGUCUCAUCUAUAAAUAACAGUGUGGAUUAGUAGAUAUCCCAAGUCAGAUUUAUAAAUAACAUUGUGGAUUAGUAGAUAUCCCAGGUCUGGUCUAUUGAUAUCAGUGUGGGCAUGUUGUUGUCUGAGGUCUUAUUGAUGACAUUAGUGAAACAAGGCCAUUUAGUUAUGUGAUACUUGUAGUAUUUGAAGAUUACAAACAAGUAACACUCAGCUUAAAAGCCAUUUCAAUAUACUGUUAUGUGAACGUAAGAUUUGUUUGAUGUACAUCAGAGGAUCAAACUUUUCAUCUUGUCAACAAGGUGUUGCACAUGGAACCUUCAAUUUUCCAUGACAUGUUUCAGGGGUGCAGAGAGUAAAAGUGAUUUGUAACCUCUGGAGUAUCCAGGAUGACUGGAUGGUAUGUUAUCAUUAAAAGUUCAUGGAUAUUAAUGAUAAAACUAUUACAGUCAGCUAAUAGAUAAUCAGGCCAUCCCAGAGGAAAUCUAUACAAAACAUUUUUAUACUUCCUAACUGUAUCUUAUCUCUUGAUAUAUACAGUGUUUGUUGGUAUUAAUUAGUAGUAGAAGAUUUUGAUUAAAUAUUUAUUUUAAAUCUGUGGUCAUAUUAAUUUUUUUUAGCAUUCUUGACCCGUUGGCUUGUCUUGGCCACGGAGCAAGAUAUGCGUAAAUAUUGCUUUGAAGAUAGUCGUAUUAGUUGUGGAGUCUGUAUUUGUUAUACAGAUGUGAAAAUGCUUGACA